GGGAAGGAGGGAGGGGUGGGUAUAAAGGGGCCCGGCCGAGCAGGAGGGUCCAGGCAGAGGCUCAGGCAGAAUUAAGGAACAGGUCCAGCCAAGCGACGCCAUGAAGGCCCCUCUCCUGCUGCUGUUUGUGCUCCUGGCGCUGGUGGCCUCCUUCGCACGGGCCGACGCACCGGCGGAGGAGUCUCUGGUGGAGAAGGUGCAGGUCUACGUCCAGCAAACGGCCCAGAAAGCCCAGGAGCACCUGGACACCUUCCGGGAGUCUCAAGUCGCCCAGCAGGCCAGGGAUUGGCUGCAGGCCAGCUUGGCCCAAACGCAGCAAUACUUUGGCCAGUUGAAGGACCAGCUGUCCACGCUCUGGGAGAAGACCACGGCCGGCGCAUAAGGACCUGAAGAGCCCGGGGUCUCUGUGACUGCUUCCCCCUCUCUCCCCAACCCCUUCCUCCCUUCUUUCCUUCCUUCUUUCCUCUCCUCUGAAUGCACCUUGCCCUGAUGUGACCCAUCGCCCUUCAUUAAACCUUGCCGACACUC